AAGCCACAGCAGAGAAGGAGGUAAAAUGUCGCUGGCUUCGACGCGGACCGUUCUAGGAUCAGUGUCCUUUUAAGAGAAACCAGACGGAAAUUCGGAUGAAACGUCGGCUGUGCUGUUGCCAUGCGUGAUUAUAAGCGUCAUGAAACACGAAAAGAGUGAGAUGUUCUAACGGUUUCAUUGUGGGAGGUUGUACCUCGACUAUAGAGAGAGAGUCAGCUUACGUUCCUCUUUUGUCAGGUCAGCUUUAACCAAAACUCGUUGAGAACAGGAUUAAUGCCACAUGGGCUGCUAAGGUAACCUGAUCUGAUCAUUCAGUCCCUUGAGCCCCCUCCAGCUACACAAGUAAAACUUCAGUGACGACAUGGACCCAUCUACUAGGAUGGUGGGUCUGGAUGCCCAGGGGAACAUGGUUUUCACAGUGGUAAAACCAGUUAUGGGCAUCUUUCAGGUGUCUUCAGAGCAGACAGGUAGUGUUGCACAAGGGGGCAUGGGGCUGCAGGGUUUAUCUGAAAACACGUUGAUCCUGCCUCACGCGCAAGGCCAGGCUCCGCUAGACCAGAACCAGGUGGAAAUGCACACCAUACAGCCUCAUAUUCAGCCCCAGAUGCAGAUUUCUGCACCAGAGCAGACUGAGGAUGUGUCCCAGAACCAGGACCUGCCACCAAGCACAAAUUCACAGUCCCCUACCCAGAUGCCUUACGCUGAGGUGUCGUCACUCCUGGAUCCCAACAUGAAAGGAUCGAAGGCUCGAAAGUAUCUCAUCUCGUAUGAUGAAAUUAAGCGGCGCCUGCAGGCCCCGGAGAAGAUGUCCCUGCGCUCCCUGGCAGCCUACACUCGGGUCAGCAGAGGCCCGGCCAGCAAGAAAACCCUUCUGGAGUCACUUAAUGUACUCGGCCUGAUGCCGAGCACGACUACCUCUGUAUCCUCCUCUUUCUCCAAACUCACUGAAGGCGACACCGGAGCUCUGUGUGACGACAUGAAGGACUUCGCCCACGACUACAUCGACUACAGCAACAUGGCGAAGCAGCUCAUCCCCGAGAUGAAUACAGUUCAACACUGGUCCAAAAUAAUUGAAGCUAAGAACCACCUUGAGGAUAUGAGAAAAUGUUUCAAGGACCCGGUCAACAGCGGCGCGUUUGACAACGUCACUCAUGGCCUGGGUUUGGGAAUGCUGGACGUUGUACUGGACAUGGUCAUUAUGGUAAUUGAACAGCAGAUUCGGAUCCUUUCUGGCGCUGCGGCAUCAGACCCGGCUGACUCUGGUCCGCCAAUGCGGCGAAUCCGCAGGCGCCACCGCAAAAACCGCUCGACUGACAACGACAAGUCUCACAAGGUGUCCGGACGGGUCAACGAGCAAGGGAAGGUCAUUUCAAAAGGCAAGGGCCGAGUCCGAGCCAGGAAGAAGACGAGGCAGGAAAGUGGAGCUGCUGUUCCUGUAGAAACCCAUGUAGAGCAAAGCAAGCCGGAUGACGUGGAGAGUAACGUCCUUACUCUGGUUUCUGUAGGAUACGAGACUGUUUCCAGUGGUCUCAAUGCAGCCGGAACAGUUUGACGCCUGAUCACGUGACAGGUCUAAAGAACCAAUCAUAGUCCCAUUCAAGGGGAUUCUCAGCAGUGGGACACAGACUCUGCACAAGUUGAGCUGGGUUGAGCUCCUGUGGAGGAGAUCACAGCUGUGGUGAGCUCAGCAUCAACGUAAAAUGUUUUGAAGUCCAACUUAAAGGAAUACUUCAGCAUUUUGGGAAAUAACACUGAUUAGCGCUCUCGCUGAGAGUUAGAUGAGAAGAUCGACACCACACUCACAUCUGGUGAUUAUGUAGCUGGAGCCAGCAGCUGGUUAGCUUAGCUUAGCAUAAAGGCUUGAAACGGGGGCAAACAGCUAGCCAGGCUCUGUCCAGAGGUAAUCAAACCCACCUACCAAAACCUUUAAAGCUCACUUCUUAACACUUUGUAUAAUCUGCACAAAAAAUAAAGUAUAAAAACGACAAGAAGACGCAGAUUAAAUCAACAGCUACAUUGCAUAUAUUCCCCCCAUUUCCAGUCUUAAUGCUAAGCUAAGCUAACACACUAUUUACUUACAUGCAGAAAUAAGAGUGGUGUCAAUCUUCUGGUUUAACUUUGGGCAAGAAGGCAGGUUUUAAGCAGGUUUUCCAAAAAAAUGCGUUCCUUUAACUGAAUCCUCUGUUUCUUUAGUAGCAGGUUUCAUAUAUAUGUAGUCUGAGUCUAAUCUAUAUAUUAUUUUUUUAUUCUAUGUUUUCAGUGAACAGACAAAAACCCCACUGAUGAUGCUGAUGUUUAAAUGCCCAUGCCCAAAGUCUCCUGUUUGCCUGUCGUAUUUAUUGUUUAGAUCGUUUUGUUCUAGAUUGUUGAAAAGUUUGUUUUUACUGGACCCUCAAGAGUUGAGUAAAAUAUAAAGAUUUAA